AUGAAUAGAGAGCAAAUCUCCGACAUCUUCAUGGACUCGUCUCAAAACGACGGCGUGUACCAGCCACUUCUCCAGCCUCACGGUGGUGAUGGAACGGAAUCGAGCAAAGGCGAACUAGAGAGAAUACUAUCCGACGUGGAAACUCCGGUGCUUCUCCGCCUGCGUAAGGCGACGAUGAUUGAAUCGAAGCUGCUCUUCAAGCUUGCCGCGCCUGCCGUCAUCGUCUACAUGAUAAACUACUUAAUGUCCAUGUCCACUCAAAUAUUCUCCGGCCAUCUCGGAAACUUACAACUCGCCGCCGCUUCUCUCGGAAACACCGGAAUCCAAGUCUUCGCCUACGGUCUCAUGCUAGGAAUGGGGAGUGCAGUGGAGACAUUGUGCGGGCAAGCUUACGGAGGUGGAAAAUACGACAUGCUCGGCAUCUAUCUCCAAAGAUCUGCCGUAUUGCUUACUCUCACUGGCGUUUUCCUUACCUUGAUCUACGUCUUCUCCAGGCCGAUUCUCCUUCUCCUUGGCGAAUCUCCGGAAAUCGCUUCCGCUGCAGCUCUCUUCGUCUACGGCCUAAUCCCCCAAAUCUUCGCCUACGGGAUGAACUUCCCGAUCCAAAAGUUCUUGCAGGCACAAAGCAUCGUGGCUCCGAGCGCUUACAUUGCAACCGCCACUCUCUUCGUCCACCUUCUCCUAAGCUGGCUCGCGGUUUACAAGCUCGGGAUGGGGCUUCUUGGAGCGUCGCUCGUGCUAAGCCUCUCGUGGUGGAUCAUAGUGGUGGCUCAAUUCGUUUACAUCGUGACGAGUGAACGGUGUCGUGUGACAUGGAAAGGGUUUAGCGCACAAGCGUUCUCCGGUUUACCGGCUUUCUUCAAACUUUCCGCCGCCUCCGCUGUAAUGCUCUGCCUUGAGAUGUGCAUGACGAUUUCAGGUUGGGUGUUUAUGAUAUCUGUUGGAUUCAAUGCAGCGAUAAGUGUAAGAGUGAGCAAUGAACUCGGAGCUGGGAAUCCUAAAUCAGCAGCGUUUUCUGUGAUUGUUGUCAACUUUUAUUCCUUAUUUGUAUGCGUGAUCUUAGCCAUUAUUCUUUUGGUGUGUCGUGACGUUUUGAGCUAUGCGUUUACUGAGGGUGAAAAAGUCUCGGCUGCUGUUUCUGAUUUAUGCCCGCUUCUUGCCGUAACUGUUGUGCUUAAUGGAAUCCAACCCGUCCUUUCCGGUGUUGCGAUUGGAUGCGGUUGGCAAACGUUUGUUGCGAAAGUUAACGUGGGAUGUUACUACAUAAUCGGAAUUCCUCUUGGAGGUAUCUGGAUAGGGAUGAUCUGUGGUACACUUAUACAAACAGUUAUUUUGGCGUGGGUCACAUUGAAAACAGAUUGGGUCAAAGAGGCAAGUGUUCUUAAACAUUUUUCAGCCAUCACGUUUGCAUUUGCCAACAUGUGGAAGACGCUUCUAAGAGGUUGGACAAAUGGAGCAACAAGAAACCAGGAGUGGUUUCCAAGUGAUGAA